UUUCACUUCACAGACGUCCAUAGCAGUUCCUCUUUUACUACCAGAUUAGGUAGGGUGCGGUAGCUGCGGGAAAUGGUCUUAUGGUAUGAUUAAAGGUAAAUCAUUUUUUUGUCACAUGAUGAGUUGGCUGGCAUUUCCUCAUCGGUAUUAGGUCACAGCUCUUUCUAGAACACGGUUUAUAUUAGCUGUUUCAAGUGCGGGAGAGUUCAAGGAUGGAGUCCCAGCCUAUAAUGAGCGGUGGGCAACCAAAUAAUUAUGGCAUUGCCAACCCCGGUUACGUACCAGCAGCGGCAGGAACUGCAGUCACGGUCAGCCCCUACAUUAUGGCAUUGCCAACCCCGGUUACAUGCCAGCAGCAGCGGGAGCAGCAGCAAUGUUCGCCCCACCUGUGGCUGGACCUCAGGGCCCCAGCGCUCCUCCAGCCAGCAUGUUUGACAGCAUGCCAGGAUAUGAAGGGACGAUAGCGGGAGGAGGUGGAUUUCUUCCACCUCCCAUGCCUGCUCACCCAGUCCCCCAGCCUGCACCUGGACCUGAACAACCUCACUGGAAUAUCCCAUCAAUAACCGAAGAUACUGCCAGGAAUGCCUUUAGACUAUAUACCUCCAGCAAGUGUUGCUACAGUUCUGCACCAGCAAAGGAUGGCGUGAUCACCAACAUGGAGGCAUUCAAUACAUACAGGUAUCGCCUAGAAACAUUUACUGAAUCCAGGUCCACAGAGUGGAGUCACGAGCCGUACCAAGGUCAGCCAGUGGAUGCCUAUGCUCAGCAACCUCCAGGACCGUGGGAUAUUUCUGCCAGAGUACCCACCUUUUUUGUGGCUGGCCAACAGAAGAUUAAGGUUCCCUACACCUCAUCUAUGAAGCCUUGCCAUGGAUGUAUAGGAAUGGGGAGAAAACCUUGCAAAGACUGUGCAGGCUCUGGCAAUAAAGUUUGCUGGGUGUGUAAUGGAUCUGGCUUCCGUCACAGUAACGAUCGAUGCCACCACUGCAUGGGAAGAGGAAGGGAGAAUUGCACACACUGCCAUGGGCAAGGGUCAAAGCAAUGUGACAUAUGUCGUGGAAAACAGCAGCUUCUGGUCUACAUCAACCUCAAUGUGAAAUGGACUAACAACACUGAGGAUUAUGUUGUUGAACAGUCAAGUGGUCUUCAGAUGACAAACCUUAGUCAGGUGUCAGGGAAGGAGCUUUUCAGAGACUCUCAGUACAUGGUAUAUCCACUCAUGGGUUUUCCAGACCCUAUGAUAGUGCAGGCUGCACAGCGGCUUGUUGCGGACCAUCAGCAUAACUUCUCCCAGACGUCACGCAUUCUACAACAGCGUCAAACCAUAGAGCUGAUCCCUGUCACGAAAGUCACCUACGCAUGGAAAGGAAAAAUAUACGUUUACUUUGUUUACGGAAAUGAGUUCAAGGUUCAUACGGAUGACUAUCCUGCUACCUGCUGUUGUUCUGUAAUGUAAUUGAAAUAGAUGAGUAUGACAUUGUUAAAUGUGAAUAAACAAAUAUCAGAAAUUACCUAUUGGAAAACAUUUUGAAAUAAAGAUGACAUAAUUGAGAGUUUAUUUUAUAUUACCACAAAAAAAUUAGAAACUGAUGCAGCAGUUGUGUACAAGCAAGAGCUUAUAUUUAUGUAUGUUAAAAUUAGGAAAUCUGAAAAACUGUCUGGUCAUCUAAGAAAAAUGUCCAACCAUUGUUGGAAAUUGACUAUAUAUGGACUAUAUAUAUAUAAAUAUAUAAUAUCGUUUCUAGGUUAAAGAGAACAUCUCUUGUUAUCCACAAAUUAACCCUUACAGGGAGCAGUGGGCUGCCAUUGUGCGGCGCCCGGGGAGCAUUCUGGGGCUAAGGGUCUUGCUUGACGACCCAGAGUGGUAAUCAGUACUUGCUUCUUUCAGCAAGACCAUAUCCACUGACAAAAUUUAAAAUCUCAAGAUUAGCAAAACCUCUGAUUUGUCUUGGAUUUUUAUCAGAAAAGCACUGAUUUAUGGGCACAAUGAAUGUUUACUUUUCAUAUGUUACCCAUGCUUUGUGCAAUGUACAAUACAUUCAUUUUUAACAUUUUACAAAGUAUUUUGUAUGUUUGUUUUUGGUGGAAUGUGAUGUUAAAUAAAUCGGAUUAAGAAAACCACUUUAUCAGAGAAAAUGUAAGUUUUAAUUCUGUAUUACUUUGCAUUUAUGUAACUCGAUGGCUAAUCUUUAUGAAGUAACCCACAUGUUUAAGAUUCAUUUAAAUGUACUUGUAACAACAAUAAUUGACAGUCUGGCUCACGUCUUCUUAGUGUACGGAUUUGUAUCGGUUCAAAAUGAUAUAUUCUUAUAUUUCACAACAAUAUAUUUUCUUAGCUAUUUGUAAGAAAUGAAUGCUUGUAUUCAAUUUUAAUAAAGGCUAUUUCGCAA